AUCCCAACAGAGCAAUGUCUAAACCACAAGCAAGGGUCGAGCCCGAGGCGUACUAUCUCCAGAAGGGCACCUUCGUCCCCAACAACCGUCUUCCGGCUCUGGUGUACCGGGAUGUCCUCCCCCGCCCGCUGAGCCGUGAGUCCGCCAAGGCACUCUGCGAGGGGAAUCACUGGGAACGGAGAGGCGAAUGGGGUGCCAUCUGGGAGGCGCAUUUCCACCCCAACACCCACGAAUGCUACGGUAUUCUCCAAGGGCAGUCCAUCCUAGUUUUAGGCCGUGAGCGUCACGCAGAGUCUACAGGAGGCGUGGAGGUAGACGUACGCGCGGGAGAUGUGGUUGUUGUCCCAGCGGGCGUGUCGCAUCGGUCGCUCAGCGCCACAGUCGACUAUCGUUAUAUGGGGGUCUACCCGGAGCAAUGUCCCCGAUGGCGUAAUGACUUUUGCAAGGGUACAGAAGCGAUGGACAAGUUGGAAGAAGAGAUCCGAAAAGUGAUCAUCCCGGACCAUGACCCGGUGUAUGGCUUGGAUGGACCGUUGGCGGUGCUGUGGCGAAAGGCGUCCCGGGAGAGUAAGCUGUAGUCGAGAUAGGAUGAUAUCGGGACGUUACUUCUCAUAAAUUAGUCUUGUUUAUUUAUCACACUUUAACAAAUGCAAUCCAGGGC